AUGUCCACUCUCACGAUCUCCGCCAACGCGCGCGCGCUCGGCGCCGUCAAGGUGCGCGCCGCGGACGCCUCGCGCGUUCUCCGCGCGCCGUCGGCGACGGCGAAUCCUCCUUCGCUUCGUCGCGCCUCGGAGAAGAUGCCGUCUCCGAGACCUUCGAUUCGCGCGACGCGACGACGCGACGCGACGGCGCCGCGGACGCGCUCGCGACGCGACCGCGGCAACCGCGUGCUCGUCAUCGCCGACGCGCCCGAGACGAAAACCGCGGGGGGCAUCCUCCUCACCACCGGCGCCGGCCCGGGCGGCCCGGGCUCGUCGGUCACCGGCAGCGUCAGCGCGGUCGGCGCGGACGUGAAGGCGGUCAAGGCUGGCGAUAAGGUUUUGGUCAACGGCUUCGCGGGGAGCGACAUCGAGCUGGACGACGGAAGCAAAGGGAAGUUUUUGACCGAAGACGACAUCCUCGCCGUCGUGUCUUGA